AGACAGUGUGCGUGUGGAUGUUGACCCUACAGCUCCACCACAAGAGACUCCACCUCCCGCGUACAACGAUGCGGUAGACACAGAAGAUAGGCCGGCAAGCCGCAGGAAAUGCUGCGCUGGACCAAGCAUGUCCACACGGGUCCUGAGGGUCUGUAAGGAACACAAGAAGCCCAUCCUCGCCACCAUAGGGGUGCUGCUGCUGAUUGGUUUGAUAGUCUUCCUGGCAUAUGCCAUUCCCUACUUCCUGAAUAACGGGCACCUGCCCGGUGGCUGUAGGAACCUGAUCGGGCUGUUGGGCAUAUUGGGAGGAGUGGUGUUUAUCGGCUUGUACAUCUGCAUCAGCCGCUUCUGUGGGGACGACAUUUACGAACACUGUCUGAAGCACGUCUUCACAGUCACUGGGAACAUUUGGGUCAAGAGGGUGUUCUACGUCUUAUGUCUGAUUGGUCUGAUUCUGUGGAUCGCCUUGGAUACGGCACGGAACACCCAGAACCUCAUCUCUGGAGCUGGGCUGAUCAUCAUGGUCAUCUUUCUCUACAUCUUCUCUAAACACCCGGAUCAUGUGAAGUGGCGGCCGGUGCUAUGGGGCCUUGCCCUGCAGUUUAUCUUCGGGCUGCUCAUCCUGCGGACUCAGGUGGGCUUUGACGUCUUCAAGUUCAUGGGCGAGAAGUUCCAGUCUUUCAUCGAGUACGCCGACGUGGGCUCCAAGUUCGUGUUUGGGGAGAAGUACACCGACCACUUCUUCGCUUUCAAGGUGCUGCCCAUUAUUGUGUUCUUCAGCAGCGUGAUGUCGGUACUGUACUACAUUGGACUCAUGCAGGUGGUUAUCGUGAAGAUGGCCUGGCUGCUGCAGCGCACCAUGGAGACAUCCUCACCUGAGUCUAUCAAUGCUGCUGGGAACAUCUUUGUGGGACAGACUGAUGCCCCUCUGCUGAUCCGACCCCUGAUUAAGGACAUGACCAAGUCAGAGCUGCACGCCGUCAUGACAGGAGGGUUUGCAACCAUUGCAGGCAGUGUGCUGGGAGCGUACAUAGCGUUCGGUGUGCCCCCCACCCAUCUCCUGACGGCCUCCGUCAUGUCUGCCCCGGCCGCUCUGGCUGUCUCCAAACUCUUCUACCCCGAGACUGAGGAAACCAUGAGGCUAGACGACAAUGUGCAACUGGGGAAAGGUGAGGAGAGAAAUGUGAUAGAGGCAGUUGCGCAGGGCGCUCAAAUCGCGAUCACUCUGGUAGCAAACAUCGCGGUGAACCUGAUCUCCUUCCUCGCCCUUCUGGCCUUCUUCAAUGGCAUCCUGUCCUGGAUAGGCUGCAUGGUCGGCUACGACAUCCUGUCUUUCGAGAUUAUCUGCUCCUAUGUGUUCAUGCCCCUGGCCUUUAUCAUGGGUGUGGAGUGGAAGGACUGCCGUCUGGUCGCUGAGCUCAUCGGCAUCAAAACUUUCCUCAACGAGUUUGUUGCUUAUGAAGCUCUGGCAAAGAUUAUCAAGAACAGAGUAAACGGUGUUGUUGGCGCGGCUACCAUGUCGGUCAGGUCAGAGGUCAUAGCGACCUACGCGUUGUGCGGAUUCUCCAACCUCGGUUCGAUGGGGAUCAUGCUUGGUGGACUGGGAGCCAUGGCGCCCAAUCGCGUGGGCGAUCUGGCCGAAAUGGUGGUUCGGUCUGAAGUUAUAGCCACCUACGCUCUGUGUGGCUUUUCCAACCUGGGUGCUAUAGGGGUGCAGAUAGGCGGUAUAGGGGCCCUGGCCCCAGAAAGACGGGGUGACAUAGCUGACAUGGCUGUCAGGGGGUUGGUGGCGGGGUCUGUCGCUUGUUUCAUGACUGCUUCUUUAGCAGGCAUGUUGUACCAGGAGCCUGCAGCUAUGGUUGUUGCGGCCACAAACGCAACAUUUAAUGCCACACUCAACGCUACAGCCCACCCCAACGCUACAGUUCUACCUACUGUACUUAGCUUCCUAACCAGCCCUACCCCAUAAAUGUCUUCAAAUUCCCUUCAAAAUUAUUUUUCUGAGAAAACAAACAAGUUAUACAAUUUGGGGAAAUUUUUCAGACGUAUUGAGGCAAUGUGGUCAUUCUGACAAAAAUAUAUUAGUGCCAGGACAGUGCCUAUUUGUUUUGUGCCAUGAGUAAGGGUAACCACUUGAAAUGGAUAAUUUUUUUUUCUUAUUAUUUUAGGGGCAUUUGAACAAAGGAUAAACUACAUUGUAGGGUAUCAGUUUCAAUUAUGGGCAUGUUUCAAAAGUUCAGUAUGUCUUUUAGACGAAGUGUAUUAGCUUGCCAAUUUCUUAAUGAUUGAAUGCUGAGAAAGUGAGAAUCUUAAGACUGGAAUUCUGUAAAACUCUUCCCAAAUGAAAUAAUUCUAAUUCUAAAAAGUUAAGAAUAAAUCAAUUAGUUUGUCUUUGUUAAUGGCUUUGCUCAGGGAUUAUGAAAAAUUGAUGUUGCGUUUUACAAAUUAAAGAUUUCGGCUCAAAUGUCAAGUUUUGUGGACUCAAACCUGUAGGUUUGAAUUGCCUACCAUUGACCAAUCACACUUCAAGACCGAGAUAAUUGACCAAUCACAACUGCACAUGUGCAGGUGAAUUUGAAUUAACCAAUCACAGCUGCACAUGUUCAGUUGAAUUGACCAAUCACAGCUAGAGACACAACUGGUAAGAGAAUCUGGCUGACAGCUCAAUUGCUAUUGGUUUAAAUUGCCUACAAUUGACCAAUCACACUUCAAGAACUGGUAUGAAUGACCAAUCACAAUUCAAAGGAAUUCAAUUGCAAAUGAAAAAAGAAUUGUAUGCUGUUCUGGCUAACGCUAGCAAUAUGUUUUAAAGUAAUAAAUUGUAAAGCAGUGUAGCAAACUCAUGUAUGCAUUGACAAUCAACGCAACACGUUUUUAUACCUAUUAAUUUGAAUUUAGAAAAUUUGCUGUAUAAACCAUAUUUUGUUGCUAAUAUGAAGGGGCUGAUUUUUUCUAUGAAUGAUAAAAACUUCGCUGCCUUUAAAACUGUGUCCUAGUGAUACAUAUUAGUUGUUAAUUGUGUUGUUCGUGCUUUUAGCCAAGUGAUAUAGUUUUUAUUUUGAAACAUGAAUAUUCUGAAUUCUCAUAUCUGAUAGCUUGUGUGUUUAAAUGAUUUACAAUUUUUUUGAAAGCAAUAAUGCAAUGUUCGUUUACUAACAAAAAUGCUAUAUUUUCUUCAUGUGCUGCAUAAAAACUGAUGAUGAGGGGGUAGCAAAAUGUUGUUUUUUUUGUACAUUGUUGUAUUCUGGUGAAAAAUGGAAAUCAUUUUAGACACAGUUAUUUCGUUAUUAAUGUAAUAAU